AUGCUCGUCUGGUUCUCCUACUCCCCCUUUCUCACGCAGUUCGAACCCGAACGCUCUGGCAUCAACGACGACUGCAUCCUGCCGCGCAACUUCCCCGUCGUCACGGGCCGCCUAACCGACCAGGUGCAGUGCAUUGGCUACACGAUCAAGUCGGUCGGCGCGGGUGCCGCGCGAGGUACGUACAGCCAGCAGGCGCAGGACCUGGAGUACAAGCUGGCGGGCCAGCAUCGCACCUUUGCGAGGCGUUUCGGCAGCGCGAUGUUCCCGCACGGCGCCAUCUCGCUGUGGCGGCGCAAGUUUCUGAAACGCACGCUCGAGAACCAUCCGGGCUUCUCGCUUAGCGAGGACUUGUUCCUGGGGGAUAGCUGUCGGCGGCUGGCCGGGCGGAUUCAGAGGUGCAACGCGGUGUUUGUCGAGACGAUGACGCCGGCGCGAGUGAUUUCCGUGCACGUGAACCGGCUGCGCGGCGGGGUCGGCCAGAUCACUGUGUGCAAGAAACUUUUUCUGCGCUAG